AUGAUCCCGCUGGCCUCAUUCUGCCAUUGGGCUAAUACAAACGGCGUCGUCUCAAGACUGAUCCCAGAAGACUCCAAAGGAAUGGGCAUCGGUCUCUUCUUCGUCAACCCCGCUCCUGAAAACAACAAUAAGAACGAACUCGACCAAGGCGAACUCCUCUUUGUCCCCCGUUCCCUCCUCCUCUCCCGCUCGCGUGUCAUUCAAUUCAACUGUCCAUUCCUCCAAAAGUCCAUCUCUAUCAUCAACCCCUCCAAUGUCUCGGAACGACUCGCUAUCAUCCUCUUUAUUCUCUCCCAACGACUCCUUCUCGAACACCGUACACAACAAAAACUCGAUCAUUCUUGUUCCACAAGCAACAGCGCAGACGAGAGUGGCCAAGACCUGUUCGCAGAUUAUAUUGCUACACUGCCAGAUGUCUCAACCCCAGUAACCCUCGAUCCUGAAUUGGUCCGCGGGUACCUCGCAGGCACACUCCUCCUGGACUCUGUCUGUGCCAAGCGAUCCAAGCUCGAGGCUGAAUUCGAACAUCUCAGUGGCAAACUGGGCGCCUUUGAGGAUUGGCCCUGCCGCCCGACCCUCGAGAACUUUAUCUGGGCUGACGCCACUUUCUGGUCCAGAGUGCUGUCUUUCAAGACCCAAUGGGCCGACAAUGACACUAGCGGUGACUCUAAUGAUGAUAUGCACAUGGUUCCUUAUCUCGACUUUGCCAACCAUGCAGUCAAGCCCAAUAUCCGCUGGGAAGUCGACUUUGACGGCCUUCGCGUCUGGGGUCAAGAAUCGCUGCUACAAGAUUCCAAGGACGGUGCUGUCGAACGCGAGGUCUUUCUGUCCUAUGGAAAUAAACCCAACACCGAGCUCUUGUUCUUGUACGGAUUCAUAUUGCAAAACAACCCGACUCAGUUUUUGACCCUUGCGAUGCCGAUGGAUGAGGACGAUCCGUACUACAUGCCCAAGGCCCACUCGCUGAUGCGCUGGAGGAUUCUUCCAAGAAUCCCGAUCUACCUGAAUAAGACCGACGGCCCCGAUGAUCUGGAAGAGUUGUGCCCUGGUUUGUGGAUCACACUAAAGUCGCGGUAUCUUCUCUGGCUCUACGCGCUUAGUGAGGAUGAUGGGUUAAGUGCAUUGAUCGAGGAACCCGAGUCCAAGGUCUGUGUCAUGCAAGAUUCGGCCGACCAAGACGAUGACGAGAACGCGCUUGAGGAGGCUGACUUGGUUGAUGAGGACGUUGUGGGGCAACUUGUGUUAACGAUCAACGAUACCAAGAUUGAUACUCUUGAGGUAUUAGAAUCGAUUGUGCCCAAGUUGGACAUCUUUCCUGUGAUCAAGCUACGUACUCUGGUCCUUGUGUCUGAUCGCAUCGAGUACUAUGUCUCCCGGAUCAUGGAGACGGGCAACAGAGUGCAGAAGGCGGAUAUCGAGACUAUCAAGACUCUCCAUUCUGCCAAUGGAUCUCCUACGCCUGAUCAUGCCGAGAUUCCGCGAGUGUCGAGGAUAGGCAAGAAUAUCGGUGAUUGCCUGAUGCCUACAAUCCUUGAGCCAGACCACACGCAGCCGAUUACCACUCGCCAGCUCGAGGCGGAGACGCAAGUGUCGAACCUGGUGACGAUGAUGAAGAACUAUCGGGCGGAGGAAAUGAAUGUGCUUGUGGGGAUGGGCAAUGUCCUUGGCGAGGCGCAGACACAAUGCCAUGAAGAGAGCGAAUUCAUACAGAGUUACCUCGCCCGCAUGCAGCUUCAAGAAUAG